AUGAAGACGAAAGCAAAAAUCACUUAGUCAACUUUAACAAAGAAAUUAAAUACAUAGUUUCCAACAGAUUCUUUAAAGAGUAGUUUAAUUAAGGAAGAAAUUCGUGAAGAUUUGAAUUCUUGGGAUAGCCAAUAUGAAUCAACUGCUAUAGAAUACCCUUUUACUAAAUAUAUGAAUUCAAAUAAAUUAGCAAAAAAGGUAUUAUAGAAAUAAAUUUAAGAAAGAAAUUCCUGAUACUAGCAGAGAAUAGAGUGCAAUGUUAAAGAAUUCCAAUACAAAUGGUACUCUCAUCUAAAGUCCUCGUUUGCUUUCCCCAAAGUAAUAGGUUUAAAUGACUCAUUAUCAUGUAUUAAAAAAAAAUACUUUAAUUGAAGAAAGUUAAAGAAAGGAACAUCCUGUUACUAAAAAUUUGAAUAAAAAUUCACCACCAAAACAAAAUAUUAAAAUAGCUUCAAAAUAUCCUCCUAAAUCUGCUGAUUUUUGUUCUCCAUCUACUCGAUUUCCGAUUAUAACUACUCCUUAACUAAAUGAAUUUUAAGUCCCUUUGUUUUAUAAAAAUAACUAAACUAAAGUGAUUCAAAAUGAUUAAAAUUGGAGUUUUGGAAAAUUAUAAGAGGAAGAUCAAGAUAAUAAAAAUAAAUCUUAAUUUGCUAAAAUGGCAAAAUGUAGUAAUUAAAAAUAAAUAAUUAAAACUAAUUUUUCAAAGCCUCUCCUUAGAUUACCAAAAGAGUUUCACUUUUAAUCAUGGAAUUCAAUUGAUAAAUGA